GACGACGACUACCGCGACAAGUAAUGAAGGGAGCUAUGUGCACAAUCAGAAGAGCCGCGGCGGUGGUACACAAGUGUUUGGGAGUAAAAUGGUGGAUAAAGUAAUGUCUGCCAGAAAAUCUUAUUCUACUACUACUUCAGGGGUUGGACAACAUCUUGAGGCAGUACAUGGAGCUAAUAGUUUGAAGCCAAAGGCUAAGCUCAAUGCUGAAGGUCUUGGUAACGGCGGCGACAAGGCCGGUAAUCCUGCCGGCGCUCCGGCGGCUGGGUUUGGGCGGAUUUUGGCUCUCCGCAACAUGGAGUUAAAUCGAGAUCGGAAUAACAGGUCACAUUAUAAUCAACAUGCCACCAGGUCUUGAUCAAACAAGAACAAGCUAGCUAGCCGGUUUGCUAUGGAGAUGAAG